CUCCAAGCUCACGAGUCAGUCCAUCCCGACCAGUCAAUCUCGACGAGGCAAUAGUCACCUACAACACUGCACACCCAGAUACACACAUACACCGCACCCAAAAUGGGAUUCCUAUCCCGCCUCGUGGCCUUCUUCGGCCUCAUCCUUCUCGCUCACGCAGGCUACUCCGCCCACGAACACACCCUCCUAUACAGCAACUCCUCCACGACCAACCCCACCGCCCUCCCCCUCGACAUCAUCAUCGAGGCCCUCGCAUCCCUAGUCCUCGUCUCUGCGGGCCUUGUCCUCGGCGCUGAGAAACUGAAGCCGAUUAGUUGGAGUGAAUGGGCUGGCGAGAUUGAGAGGGAAGGUGGUGGUCGGAAUCCCUUCCUUAGGUUGGAGGAACGGUAUGGGUUUUGGGAUGUUAGGACUAAGAGGAAGGAAUUCGCGGAUUGGAUGCGGGGAGAGGUUCCGGUUCCUGAGAAGUGAUGGGUUUGGUUAUGGUUAUGGUUAUGGGAAUGGUGGGUCUAUGGGGAUAGAUUGGGGAGGGGGGUGUUUGUAUGAUAUUUAGAUGUGAAUGAAUGGAAUGGAUUGGUGAGAUUAGUUGGGUUGAGGUCGGAGGUGGAAGUAUGUCUGGUUAUGUUUGUGAUGGAUAUAUUGGGAUGUUGGAGUGAGGUCUAUAAAGCGCGAAGUAGUUGCGUUUGGGGACUUGCUACUCCAUAUACGUGGUGAGUAUAUCAUUAUUCGGGUUGAAUGGAGCAUGGAUGGCACGUGGUAUUGUAUUGCAGUUGCCCGAAUUAUAGUUAGCUGGUUAUGGUGCAAAGGAGGGGAGAGGGGUAAGAGAGAUGGGUGCUGGUCUACCAUACGAAUCGGUACCUUGACUAGUAGUUGACGGCCUUGACAAUCUUACCUGCAGACUACUAAUCUUCA